CAGCCACAGCAGAUACUUUGCCCCAGCAGUGUUUGUCGAGUCAAAGGUUUUCCUGAACAGCGGUUCACUUCACUUUGUCCCUAGCUGACGUCUGUGACUGUAGUUUACUCUGGACAUGAUGGCUGCUGUUCAGAAACUCUUUCCUUCUACUCCUAAAGCACCUGUAAGGCAGGGGAUUUACAGCCAGGCGGUGGUGGUGGAUCGGACCAUGUACAUCUCCGGCCAGCUGGGGCUAGACGUGGCUUCAGGGAAGCUGGUGGAGGGAGGGGUACAGGCUCAGGCCAGACAGGCUCUGGUCAAUAUGGGAGAGAUCCUGAAAGCAGCUGGAUGUGGUUAUGACAAUGUCGUCAAGACAACCGUGCUGUUGGCAGACAUCAAUGACUUUGUCAACGUCAACGAUGUUUAUAAGACAUUUUUCAGCAAAAACUUCCCUGCCAGAGCAGCCUACCAGGUUGUUGCCCUCCCCAGAGGUGGUCUGGUGGAGAUCGAGGCUGUGGCUAUUCUGGGACCCAUCUCUGAGUCCUGACUAACCGGCCAGAGCAUCAACAAGCUGUAAACUAACUAACCUGGAAGUGAACGUUUAACAAUCUUGAAAUAGUCCUAGUGUAAACAUUAAUGAAAUUAACCCAAACCACUCUGAGACUUAGACUCACUGCUCAGACAUUCCAAGGCCUUGAAGAGGAUAUAUAUUGUCAUGACAUGUUCCUGUUUGUACACUGAACAAAAAUAUAAAUGGAACAUAUAAGUGUUGGUCCCAUGUUUCAUGAGCUGAAAUAAAAGAUCCCAGAAAAGUUAAA